CAAAAGACACACACUUCAUUGCAUUACCAUUUUUCCAUCCUUCAAUCCUCGUUUCCUGGUCCCUGUGAAAAAUAAAAUCUUCUUCCUCUGCAAGACCCAUCGACCUGUCUAUCCGACUUCUCUCCUCCCCCUACAAACUCCGUCGUCGAUCUCCAUUGACCCCGCGCAUCCUCCCUUGUUCCCGCCGUCUUCGUCUUCGUCGCAGUUUCUCUUCCCUCACUCCCAACAUGUCUGAAAUCACUCACCCUACCAUCAAAGAUGGCUGGUUCAGAGAAAUUUCCGACAUGUGGCCUGGUCAGGCGAUGAUCCUCAAGGUCAACCAGGUCCUCCACCACGAAAAGUCCAAAUACCAAGAUGUCCUGGUCUUCGAGAGCAGCGACCACGGGACCGUACUCGUCCUUGAUAACGUCAUCCAAAGCACCGAGCGAGACGAGUUUUCAUACCAAGAGAUGAUUACACAUUUGGCCAUGAACUCCCACCCCAACCCCAAGUCGGUCUUGGUCAUCGGCGGUGGUGACGGCGGUGUGUUGCGAGAGGUUGUCAAGCACGAAUCCGUGGAAAAGGCCAUUCUUUGCGACAUCGACGAGGCCGUGAUUCGUGUCAGCAAGAAAUACCUCCCGGGCAUGUCGAUUGGUUUCCAACACCCGGCGGUCGACGUCCACAUUGGAGACGGCUUCAAAUUCCUGGCGGACCGCAAGGACGAAUUCGAUGUCAUCAUCACCGACAGCAGUGACCCCGAAGGUCCCGCGGAGUCCCUCUUCCAGAAACCAUACUUUGAACUGCUCAGUGGAGCCUUGAAAGACGGUGGUGUCAUUACUACCCAAGCUGAGAACCAAUGGCUUCAUCUCCCUCUCAUCACCAAGCUCAAGAAAGACUGCAAGGAGGUUUUCCCAGUGGCCGAAUAUGCCUACACCACCAUCCCAACAUACCCAUCAGGCCAGAUUGGUUUCAUGGUCUGUUGCAAGGACCCCAACCGAGAUGUCAAGAACCCAUUGCGAUCAUGGAGCCCAGAAGAGGAAGAGAAGUUGUGCAAGUACUACAACAAGGAAAUCCACAAGGCUAGCUUCAUCCUACCGACCUUUGCCCGCAAGGCAUUGAAAUAAAUUUGAAUGACAUGCCGGGUCGGUUGUCGCUUUGAUAUUACGUCUUCCAGCAUGAUACCAGGUCUUUUUUUUAUUGCUGUUGUUUUGUCUUGAUACAAGUAUUCCUAAGCGGUGAAAGAACCGUGAUAUGGUGAUGGAGUGGGUUUUUCUUAGCUCUGAAUUCCUACAGUACUCUUACGAGGUAUCGGCAUCUGGAUGAUCAGGCUGUGAAGGGCUUUGCUUCUUAGAAAUACAGUUUCAGGGUGCGUCUCUGGCCACAGGAGAUAGAAAUGAACACACGCCCACACACAAAGA